AUGACUCUCCAGUCGGAGGAGAGCCCCGGCAGCCCUGAGGCUGAUCGUGUGUCAGUCACACAUUCGGUGGCAAAUGAGACACUUUUAAAUGACGCCAAGCGUAAGAUCAAUGAAUUUCCAUGGACGAAAGUGCGCUCUCAGCCCACCCACAGUGUAAAGAUUCUUCUCGGUCCGAGGAGGAGAGCAAUUGCGAAUGGAUAUUGUGUGCAGGCAAGUGUCAGACGUUCAGAAAUCGCUUCCGGGCGACAGUGUAUUUUUAUCCCUCUCGUACGAUGUGACACAUCAAUGAAUACUUCGCCCAGUGCAUGUGCCGGGCGCUUAAUUGCCUCCUCUCGAGGGGCGUCUGUCUCGCCAAGAAUUAUGAUCCCCCAGAGUCGCCCACUCACGCGCCAAUUUGAAUGGACGUCUGAUUUAUUCGUCGGGCGAGUCAAUAUUCCCGGGAAAAAUGGCCAGCUUCCGAGUGCUGUGGGGAAAGGGCUGUCUGAUGAGAGAGGCUGUCUCCUGGACGGAGUUCCGCCUUCGGCGCCACCUGAUGUUCCGCCGCGAAACCCCACAAUGAACCGGAUGAAUGGUCGAGUGACUGGCAACCCCUCCGAGCUGGGAGUUGAGUUCGAGCCAUCCUGCCUGGUGAGGACGCCAUCGGGCAAUGUGUACAUUCCGAGUGGAAACAUAAAUAUUAACAAAGGUUCACCGAUAGACUACAAGAGUGGUUCGGGCUGUUCGACGCCCACGAAGGACACACUGAAGAGCUACGACAGAAACUGCAUGGGGCCUGUUUUGCCGCCCAGGAGCGCCAUGUGCGGGCCCCCAUCGCAUCACUAUGCGGCCCCAAUGAGCUUCCGCAAGGGGUUCGCCAGCAAGUGCUCGUGGAAAUGCACCACGAUCAUCCUGGCCGUCGUCUGCGUCGGCCUGCUAUCCACCCUCAUCGUUCUCACAGCAGCCUCAAACGUGUUCAGUUGGUCAUAUCAGAGUUGUCAACAGUGCACGGUGGUUGUGGAUGAGAAUCCUGAGAUCAGCGCCGCCAAGAGCAUCGUUUCGGACACGAAUCGAUCGAGUGCGACGCGCACCAAGCCAAAUCCCGUCAUGACGCCCAGCAAUGACGCCGCCAGUUCGGCAUCCACGGCGAUCACGGCGGCGGGAUCGAAUGGAGGUAAUGUCCUGAGACGCUCAAAGCGCAUCCGUCGCGAUUUGCAUGUCUCUUCUGUUGCGCCUUUUGGUGUUUCUGUUGGUGAUGGGGUAGAAGUAGUGUCUAUGCAUGACGAAAGCACUGGCGAAAGCACUGAAGCAACAACGGGGUGGGAUUAUCGCGACGAAGAGGGCACAACAACUGAAGAAGUGGUGCAGAACGAUGAUCCUUUGCGCUAUGAUCCUCAGCCUGAGGUUCACAUCAGUCUGAUUGGCGACAAGGCGGAAUCUGAGGAGGAAAGUGGAAGGAUGAUUUACCACGAGGAAGAGGAUGUCGUCAUUCAUACUCUCACGACGGAUGGAAAGCUGGCGUCUGAUUCAACUCCAGUCUAUGAAACUAUUGAUUCCACGACUCAGAACACGUCGAAACUCCUUCACGGAUCUCAAAGGAUUCUCGUGAAUGUGUCAAUUGGAACAGAUUCAGGGAGUGGAACGCAAAAUCAUGCAAUUUACAUGCUUCAUGUGUCAGUUCCUGCCGGCACGGAUUUCUCCAACGAUUCCCCUUCCGAUCAUCCGCCCGAGAAGGACGAAGAGUGCGAAGACAAUGAAGACGAAGCGUGUCCACCUAAGUUUCCUCCUGCGCCUCCUUGUCCUUGUCAAUGUUCUGAGUCAGCGAGCGCUCGCACUUUUCCAGCGAGAAGUUUCCCGCCAGACGGCACAACAUUCUCCCAAAUCUCACUGGGACAGAAGUUGUCCAAGACCAUCGAUCCCUAUGGCUAUUGGAAUAUGCAAUUUUACCAAUCGGAGCCGGCCUACGUCAAGUUUGACUACAACAUCCCGCGCGGCGCCUCAAUUGGCGUCUACGCACGGCGAAAUGCGUUGCCCACGCACACGCAGUAUCACUUCAAGGAGGUCCUGAGUGGAUUCAACGCCAGGACGACACGAGCAACACACCCUUCGGUGAGUCGGGAAGUGACGCGAUAUAUGGAGCCCGGACAUUGGUUCGUCUCGCUGUACAAUGACGACGGCGAUGAGCAGGAGAUAACCUUCUACGCCGCUGUGGCUGAGGACAUGACCCAGAACUGUCCGAAUGGAUGCUCAGGCAAUGGCCAGUGUCUCCUCGGCCACUGCCAAUGCAAUCCCGGCUUCGGCGGCGAUGACUGCAGUGACAGUGUCUGUCCAGUGCUGUGCUCGCAGCGCGGCGAGUACAUCAAUGGCGAGUGCCAGUGUAAUCCCGGCUGGAAGGGCAAGGAGUGCUCCUUGCGGCACGACGAGUGCGAGGUGCCGGACUGCAAUGGACACGGACACUGCGUGAGUGGCAAAUGCCAGUGCGUGCGCGGCUACAAGGGCAAAUUCUGCGAGGAGGUGGAUUGUCCGCAUCCCACUUGCUCUGGUCAUGGAUUCUGCGCCGACGGCACGUGCAUCUGCAAGAAGGGCUGGAAGGGCCUGGAUUGCGGCACAAUGGACAAGGACGCUCUGCAGUGCCUCCCAGACUGCUCAGCCCACGGAACCUUCAACCUGGACACCCAAGUCUGCAAUUGCGACGCCAAGUGGAGCGGAGAUGACUGUUCCAAAGAGCUCUGCGACCUGGAUUGCGGCCUGCACGGACGCUGCGUGGGCGAGACGUGCGCCUGCCACGAUGGCUGGGGCGGCGAGUACUGCAACACGAAGCUGUGCGACCCGCGGUGCAAUGAGCACGGGCAGUGCAAGAACGGCACGUGCCUCUGCGUGAGCGGUUGGAACGGCAGGCACUGCACCAUCGAGGGAUGUCCCAAUGGAUGUUCCACUCACGGCCAAUGCCGUGUCGGCACUGAGAACCAGUGGGAGUGCCGGUGCUUUGAGGGUUGGGACGGACCCGACUGUGCCGUGCCGCUCGAGCAGAUUUGCAAUGACAACAAGGACAAUGACAAAGACGGUCUCGUGGAUUGCGAAGACCCAGAGUGUUGCAUGAACCACGAUUGUCGAAGUAGUCAACUCUGCGUCUCAGCACCGAAACCAAUUGAUAUUCUGCUGAGGAAGCAGCCGCCCGCCAUCACGGCGAGCUUCUUCGAGCGCAUGAAGUUCAUCAUUGACGAAGGAAGUCUGCAGAACUAUGCUCGCCUCGAGACGUUCAACGAAAGCUUCUUUUGGAAUUAUUUCAAUGCAAGUCGGUCUGCUGUUAUCCGGGGACGAGUUGUGACCUCCCUCAAUAUGGGCCUAGUCGGUGUUCGCGUCAGCACAUCCACACCUCUCGAGGGCUUCACGUUGACCAGGGAUGACGGAUGGUUUGACCUGAUGGUGAACGGAGGCGGCGCUGUGACCCUGCAAUUCGGUCGAUCACCCUUCAGGCCUCAGACGAGGAUCGUUCAGGUUCCCUGGAAUGAGGUCGUGAUCAUCGACACGGUGAUCAUGUCGAUGCAGGAGGACAAAACCGCGACCAGCGUCACGCACACUUGCUUCUCGCAUGAUUACGACAACAUGAAGCCCGUGGUGUUGGCAACGUGGAAGCAUGGCUUCCAGGGCGCCUGUCCGGAUCGCAGUGCCAUCCUGGCGGAAUCUCAGGUUGUCCAGGAGUCACUGCAAAUCCCAGGAACCGGCCUCAAUUUGGUGUACCACAGCUCAAGAGCCUCAGGCUAUCAAUCAACGAUCAAGCUUCAACUGACACCAGACACAAUUCCCGCCACGCUGAGUUUAAUUCAUCUGAAGAUCACAAUUGAGGGGAUCUUGUUUGAGAGGGUGUUUGAAGCUGAUCCUGGCAUCAAAUUCACCUAUCCCUGGAACAGACUCAACAUCUACCGACAGAGAGUUUACGGAGUGACAACGGCUAUUGUAAAAGUGGGAUAUCAAUACUCAGACUGCAAGGAUAUUCUGUGGGAAGUGCAAACCACCAAACUGAGUGGACAUGACAUGACAAUCAGCGAAGUUGGAGGAUGGAAUCUGGAUAUCCAUCACAGAUACAACUUCCACGAAGGGAUCCUGCAGAAGGGCGACGGCAGCAACAUCUACCUCAAGCACAAGCCGAGGGUGAUCCUGACGACAAUGGGGGAUGGUCAUCAGCGUCCUCUGGACUGCACAGACUGCGAUGGCGGUGCUUUCCAUCAGCGUCUCUUGGCGCCAGUCGCUCUCGCCGCUGCCGCUGACGGAAGCCUGUUCGUGGGCGACUUCAACUACAUCCGACGCGUCCGGACGGACGGCACAGUGAAAACUGUGGUGAAGCUGAAUGCCACUAGAGUCUCCUAUCGCUAUCACAUGGCUCUGAGUCCUCUGGAUGGAUCACUUUACAUCUCAGAUCCGGAAUCUCAUCAGAUCAUCAAAGUGAAGAAUGUCGAUGACUUCUCCAGUCCAGAACACAACUGGGAACCCAUUGUGGGCUCUGGGGAAAGAUGUCUGCCCGGAGAUGAAGCCCAUUGUGGCGAUGGAGCGCUGGCCAAGGAUGCAAAGUUGGCGUAUCCGAAGGGAAUUGCAAUCUCCUCGAAUAACAUUCUAUACUUUGCUGACGGAACCAACAUCAGGAUGGUGGAUCGCGAUGGAAUUGUCACCACACUGAUAGGGAAUCACAUGCACAAGUCCCACUGGAAGCCUGUGCCGUGCGAAGGGACGCUUAAGCUUGAGGAAAUGCACUUGAGAUGGCCCACAGAGUUGGCUGUGAAUCCCCUGGACGACACACUGCACAUCAUCGACGAUCACAUGAUCCUGCGAAUGGCUCCAGACGGAAGGAUGAGAGUCAUUGCGGGCCGACCAUUGCACUGUGCCACAACCAUUGCCACCUAUGACAGUGAUCUGGCUUCCCAUGCGACUCUGGUGAUGCCUCAGAGUCUGGCCUUCGGCCCAACGGGUGAUCUCUUUGUGGCUGAGAGUGAUUCUCAACGGAUCAACAGGAUCCGUGUGAUUGGCACUGAUGGGAAGAUCGCUCCGUUCGCUGGUGCUGAAUCGAAAUGCAAUUGCUUGGAGAGAGGAUGCGAUUGCUACGAAGCUGAUCACUAUUUGGCCACAAGUGCUAAGUUUAACACCAUCUCAGCACUUGCCUGCACACCUGAUGGACACGUUCACAUCGCGGAUCAGGCCAAUUAUCGCAUCAGAUCGGUGAUAUCCAGCAUUCCGGAGACCAGUGCUUCCCGGGAGUAUGAGAUCUACUCACCGGAGACGCAGGAGAUUUACAUCUUCAAUAGAUUCGGUCAGCACAUUGCAACCAAGAACAUCUUGACAGGUGAGACGAGCUACACCUUCACCUACAACGUCAACACGUCCAAUGGGAAGCUGAGCACGGUCACUGAUGCGGCAGGGAAUAAGGUGUUCCUGCUGCGAGACUACACAAGUCAGGUGAACUCCAUUGAGAACACCAAGGGUCAAAAGUGUCGCCUCAGGAUGACCAGGAUGAAGAUGCUGCAUGAAUUGAGCACACCGGAUAACUACAAUGUGACCUUUGAAUAUCACGGCACGACAGGACUGCUGAAGACCAAGCUAGACUCCACCGGACGAUCCUACGUCUACAACUACGAUGAGUUCGGAAGACUGACGUCGGCUGUGACGCCGACGGGGAAAGUGAUCGACCUGACCUUCGAUCUGAGCGUCAAGGGAGCGACAAUCAGGGUGACGGAGAAUAGCCAGCGCGAGGUGUCAAUGCUGAUCCAGGGCUCUAGCGUUGUGACGAGGAUUGGAGAGGCAGAAACCAAGACGACGGUUCAGGUUGACGGCGGAACAACCAGUUCAACCCAGUGGGGACACUCUGUGAGCAUGGAAUCUGUGCCGUACAGCAUUCUGGCGGAGAUUGAUCCACUGCUGGGCGAGAGUUAUCCCGUGCCGGCGAAGCAGAGGACUGAGAUCGGUGGUGAUCUGGUCAAUCGCUUCGAGUGGCGCUACUUCAUCCGCCGCGUUCAGGGCAAGGGCAAGAAUCAGCGGCCAGUGGCUCAGAUUGGCAGGAAAUUGCGGGUGAAUGGAGAGAAUGUGCUGACGCUGGAGUACGACAGAGACACACAGUCAGUUGUGGCGAUGGUUGAUGAGAAGACAGAACUGCUCAAUGUCACGUACGAUCGCAGUGCCAGAGCCACGUCCUUCAAGCCACAAUCCGGGGAGUAUGCUGACGUUGAUCUGGAGUAUGAUCGCUUCGGCAGGCUGACUUCGUGGAAGUGGGGAGAUUUGCAGGAAUCGUACACUUUUGAUCGCUCUGGCAGACUCAAUGAGAUCAAGUAUGGCGAUCAGUCUUCCAUUGUGUACAGCUUCAAGGACAUGUUCAGCAGUCUUCCGCUGAAGGUCACAACACCUCGACGCUCAGACUAUCUCCUGCAGUACGAUGAUGCUGGCGCUCUGCAGUCCUUGACGACUCCGCGUGGUCACAUUCACUCAUUCUCGCUGCAGACGUCGCUUGGCUUCUUCAAGUAUCAGUACUUCUCGCCCAUCAAUCGACAUCCAUUUGAGAUUCUCUACAACGACGAGGGUCAGAUCUUGGCCAAGAUUCAUCCCCAUCAGUCCGGCAAGGUGGCGUUCGUGUACGACACGGCGGGCAGAUUGGAGACUGUCCUUGCAGGACUCUCAUCCACGCACUACACAUACCAAGAGGCGUCGAGUCUCGUGAAGAGUGUGGAUGUCAUUGAUCCAGGAUUUGAGCUCAAGAGGGACUUCAAGUAUCACGCGGGAAUUGUGAAGGAGGAGAAGAUUAAGUUCGGCUCGAAGAGUGGCUUGGCUGCGGCACACUUCAAGUAUCAGUACGAUGGCAAUGCGCGCUUGAAUGGCAUCGAGAUGGACAUUGAUGAGAAGGAUUUGCCAAUGACGAAAUUCAAGUACAGUCAGAAUUUGGGCAGUUUGGAGUCCGUGAGUGAUCUGAAGAUCACCAGAAAUGCCUUCAAUAGGACUGUGAUUCAGGACUCUGCGAAGCAAUACAUCAUGAUCACGGACUUUGACGAUCACGGACGCGUGAAGAGUGUCCUGAUCAAUGUGAAGACUGCCGAUGUGUAUCGCCUGGAGUUGGACUAUGACAAGCGCAACAGGAUCAAGACGCACAAGACGACAAUUGGCAGAGUGACGUCGUCAGACAAGGUCAGCUACAAUGCCGAUGGACAUGUGAUGGAAGUGAUUGGCACGAACAACUGGAAGUACUUGUACGAUGAGAAUGGCAACACGGUGGGCGUGCUGGAGCAGGGAGACAAGACAAAUCUCGGCUAUGACACAGGCGACAGGGUGGUUCAGGUGGGCGAUGUGGAGUUCAACAGCUACGAUGCCAGAGGAUAUGUGGUGCGCCGCGGAGAGCAGAAGUACAGAUACAACAAUCGUGGACAGCUGAUCCACGCCUUCGAGAGGGACAAGUUCCAGACUUGGUACUUCUACGACGAUCGAGCCAGACUGGUGGCGAGUCACGAUGAGAAGGGCAAUGUGACGCAGUACUUCUACGCACAUCCCACGCACGCCAUGCUCGUGACUCACGUGCACUACCCGAAGACCGGCAAGACUUAUCGCUUCCUCUAUGACGAUCGCAAUCUGCUGAUCGCCGUGGAGAAUGGCGAUGAGCGACACUACGUGGCGACGGAUCAGAAUGGUUCGCCCUUGGCGUACUUCGACACAAAUGGCAACAUCAUUGAGGAGAUCAGGAGAACACCCUUCGGCAGAAUCGUGAAGGACUCGAAUCCCAAUCUCUUCAUCCCGAUUGACUUCCACGGCGGCAUUCUGGAUCCCAACACGAGGCUGGUGUAUGUGGAGAACAGACUGUAUGAUCCCACAGUUGGACAGUGGAUGACGCCACUUUGGGAGCCUCUGGCCACAGAGAUGAGUCUGCCCACGGACGUGUUCAUCUACAGAUUCCACAACAAUGAUCCGAUCAAUCCCAAGGAGCCCAUGAGAUACAUGACAGACAUCAAGUCCUGGCUCAAGCUCUUCGGCUACGACCUGAAGACAAUCCAGGGAUCCAAGUACACCAAGGACAUUGUCCACAUCCCACAGGCCACCAUCAAAUCUCCCCUCCUGGCGCCCGAUUUCGGUGUGAUGUCCGGUCUGCAGUGCAUCGUGGAGAAGAUCGACGAGAAGUUCUCGGACUUUGGCUUCGUGCCCAAGCCACUGCUGAAGAUGGAGCUGAAGACCAGGAACUUGCUGCCACGCGUCGCCUAUCGCCGGGGAGUGUUUGGCGAGGGCGUUCUGAUCUCCAGCAUCGGCGGUCGUGCGCUGGUCAGUGUUGUCGAUGGUUCCAACAGUGUUGUGCAGGACGUCGUGUCGUCCGUGUUCAACAACAGCUUCUUCCUCGAUCUCCACUUCAGCAUCCACGAUCAGGAUGUGUUCUACUUCGUCAAGGACAACGUGCUGAAGCUGCGCGACGACAUGGAGGAGCUGAAGCGACUGGGCGGAAUGUUCAACACGACAACGCACGAGAUCAACGAUCACGGCAGCGGCACGGCGGCCAAGGAGUUGCGUCUGCACGGGCCGGACGCCGUGGUGAUCAUCAAGUAUGGUGUGGAUCCGGAGCAGGAGCGCCACAGGAUUCUGAAGCAUGCGCACAAGCGCGCUGUGGAGCGCGCGUGGGAGCUGGAGAAGCAACUGGUGGCGGCCGGCUUUCAGGGGCGCGGCGACUGGACGGAGGAGGAGAAGGAGGAGCUGAUCUCUCACGGGGAUGUGGACGGAUACAUCGGCACGGACAUCCACAGCAUUCACAAGUUCCCACAACUGGCUGACGAUCCUGGAAAUGUGUCCUUCCAGCGUGACUCGAAGCGCAAGCGCCGAAAGAGUGGAAAUCACCACGCGGCGCCAUCGAGACAGCGGCGCCACAACACGUGAGAGUAAAUCCUGAAAGAGCGCCGAAUAAGCCUGUUUUCCUGGGCAAUUGUGAUAUCCGAAGUUGAGGCAGAAGAACGUCUUCGCGCGCGCGAGAGAGAAAAGUCAAAGAGAAGCACCCCCAUAAAAGCAGAAAACACCCAGAUUUUGUGAAAGAUCAUUUCCUAAUUCAGCAUUAAAAUCAAAUUAAUUGAACUCUAGGACACCCAAAAUGUAUGUAAAGGACUAGCGUGUGUGUGUGUGUAUAAAUGUAGUAUCCUCUCAUGAUGAAGACAAACUAUCUCUAGAGAGUCAAUCUCUAUCUCUUCCCCAUUUCUUUCCCCCCAAUUUUUGAACAUCCCUCGGAGAGAUGAUAAGAAAGAUAUCAAAAGAAAAUAGUGACAUUUUGCACAAGGAAACAAAAAGGCGAAUGCGUGAAAAAUACCUUCUAACUAUAUAUUUUUUUAAAAAGAGAGUAAAAAAAAAGUCAACUCGAUAAAGGUCUAUUUCUAAAGGAAGAAAGAGAAAGAGAGAGAAGAAAGUGUUCUAUAAUCCCAGAAAUGUGGUUUCUACAUUCCCGUCGUUUUCAGUGGAUCCCCCUCCCUUUUCCAACGUCUUUUUCUAUAUAUACACAUAUAUAUAUAUACAUAUAAACCGAACCAGAAGAAUAAAGCGUAGAUAUUCCACAGGUAUUUUGCCAUAUCCCAGCAUUUUUUGUAUAGAAGAAGCUGUUAGUGAUGUAAAAUGUCAUUGAAAAGAAAAUCCACCCUGAGAAAACACUGUCAAAUGAUCCUCUCUAAAAAGUAAUACCGCAUAAGUUAGAGACUUAAACAGACACUGAGAGAUUGUUGGCUCAUCAUCUAUAAGACGAUGUUGCGCAGUGCCAUUGAACUAGUCGCGAAUGGAGGUGAAAAUAAAAAAAAAAUAGUAAAUUUAUAGACAAAAUAGAAACACAAGUUUGCUGAAAAAAAAUCAUUUAUUGUAAUCACAAAUUCUACCCAUAAACUUCACUUUCUGCCUCUGUAUUUUCUGCAUUUACUUUCUUUUCUUCCAAAUACUUCUUUUCUCGCACAAAAGAAAAUCCCCUUUUGUAAAUAAGACACAAAAUCAUCACUGAGAAACCAUAUAAAUAAAUAAGAAGAAAAAAAUAGAGCAACUUUGACCGGAAGACCUUUGAAACCACUUAAAAAACACAAGAGAAGAAAUAAGAAAAACUCCUUGGCUUCUACAGGGUAAUAAAAAUUAACGUAAAUUCUAACCUCUAAAACACAUAGAAUGAUGAUGGAAAAAUUGAAGAAUAAAAAAAUGAAAUCAAUAUGCAAGAAAAAAACAUAGUAAAAAAGAGUCACUAGAGUGUAAUAAAUAGUAUUUUAAUCACUACAUUAGAGAAGAGAAAGAGAGAGAGAGAGAGGAGUUAACGGACACUUCCGACAUGAAACAUAUUCAAGAAGAAAGGAAAUCUGAUAAAUUGUGCGUGUGUGUGUAAAUCAAAACAACCGGUGGCGCCCUCUGUUUCCCCUCCGCUGAACCUGACGAGUUGUGACGUGCAAAGCAAAUGCAUAAUACUUUGAUGAUGGCGUAAAGUGAGUGUAAAUUAGGUAAAUUAUACUGUAACUUCUCCUAUUUAGAUAAAAGAAGGAUUUAAAAAGGUGUCAUUUGUGCAUAAUUAAGUGAUAUUUUUGCAUUCUAAGGAUGAUAAAAAAAAGCCCUUUUUCUUGAUAUUGAGAAGACAAGAAGAGGAAAGAAAAAUGGCAAAAUCGCCUAAUUUUCUCUCUCUCUUGUCACUCAAUCAAUUGAUGAAACCGAGAAGUGACUUUCUCAAAAUUCGUAAUGUUGUAAAAUGUUGAUAUAAGAAUAUAAAUUGAAGAAGAUGAAAAAAAACACCUGAUAUAAAGGGAAAAGAUAUUGAAUGAGCAAUACUUUUUAUUGAUAUACAUUUAAACUCCUUUUACUCUUUUAUUUAUUAUUGAAAGAAAGAAGAAAAAAAAAACAAGAAUUGUGAAAUGAACAAAGCGUUAAGAAAUAGGCUGGAAAGCAUAGAGAAAUUUACUCUGAGACGCAAGCGUGGAAAGGAAUAAAAAGAAAUUAUGAUGACUGAAUAAUUUAAGGCGAUUAAAGAAAUAAAAACUCAAAAAAUGAACUACAAUUGCAAUCUUCCAGCCGUCUCUUAAUUGAAAUGGAUUAAAAUAAAAGAAGAAGAAGAGAGAGGAAGAAAGGUGGAAAAGAAUCUCUGUAAAAAGAUAUUUGAUAACUUAGUGGUGAAGUUUUCUCAAAUUAGUCCAGCAUCGGCAAGAGAAACAACACAAAGGACUCACUAUUGUGUACAUAUUUCUAUAACAUUCUAUAUAGACAUCCUAUAUAUGUAUAGGAAGGAAAACUUAUCCUGAUGAGCAUGACGUGUUACAUUGAGUAAUGUUUUAGCCAGACAGCAUAAGAAAGGGGAGAAACCUUACACUGUAAUUUAACCAAAACUGUAGAUAUAUUGAAAGUGUUUUUUGUCAUAAGCAAGAAGACGGAUGAAUAAAGCGAUAAGCAUGGAAAAAAAAGAGGUAUAUUAUCUGUAAUUUAUAUAAGAUAGUGGACUGUCAAGGCUAUAUGUUUCAUGAGCAGAAAAAAUAAAUAAAUAUUAGAAGCAAGAAAUGAAAAAAGAAAUGUGAAAUGUAUCUUUUUGACACGAGAAAGAGACAACCAAUAUGAAUCUUCUGUGGACACAUAGCAUAAAAAUCCUUCCCCCCAAAAUGUGAGAGGACAUAUAUAGUGUGUAAUUGAGCAGAUAAUAAUGCGAGGAGAGUUUAAGGAGUGUGACGAGGAAAUCAGUAAUACUGGCAGAGGAAGAUUAUUCAAGUGAAUUCUAUAGAGGACAAUUUUCAUUGCCGUGGAUUAAAUGAGAGAUGAAUGACAACUUGAAAUAUGUAAAUACAAUAUAAUAUGAUAUACUUAUGAAUAAAAACAAUAUUAUUUAAAAAAA